GGUUUAAACAUAUAAAUGUUGGCUUUAUUUAUUCUUGACUGUUACAAUAGUUUAGUUAGAUUAAAGAUAACAUAUCAUUUUGUAAAGAAGUUGUAACUUUCGAAAACAAAUACUAUUUUAUUUUUCGCAUUUGUUCAAGGCCUAUAUAAUUUCUUACAACUAAAUCAUUAUACUAUGAAGCUCUAGGAAAACAAGUCCACAAGCCCCAAAAUCCCCUCUUUAUUUACCAAACACUAAUAAUUUAUAUUGUUAUCAUAUAAUGUUGAAUAUGAUUUACUUCUUCAUUUUGAACCCAACGAUAACGGUGUAUAAAGAAGUAAAUAAACUGCCUAUUCUACUCGAUUAAAAGGAAAUAAAUAACGUGUUCUAUAUUUAGACGUAGAUUUUAAGUUUAUUUUUAGAUGACUAUAUAAAGACAUGUUAGUGUUAUCUGUAUAUAUACAGGUGAUAAGAAAUUAUCAUUUUAUCAAUUGUGUGUAACUUAGAAUAAUAGAAAAAAAAUAAUGCAAGCUUUUCCGAUAAAAUGUGUUGUCGUUGGAGAUGGGUGUGUGGGAAAGACUUGUCUUCUAAUGUCGUAUACACAAGAUGCAUUUCCAUGGGAACAUAUACCAACAGUGUUUGACACUUAUCAAGCUAACGUCAGAGUAGAUGGACGAGUCUGCUCUCUUAGUUUAUGGGACACUGCAGGCCAACAUGAGUUUGACAGGUUGCGUCCGUUAUCCUAUCCACAAACAGAUGUUUUUCUGAUCUGUUUUUCCCUUGUUGCACGGGACAGUUACGAAAACGUUAAACAACAGUGGUAUCCAGAGAUUACACAUCAUUGUCCAGAUACACCAAUUGUGUUAGUUGGAACAAAAAUGGACUUAAGGGAUGACGAUAAGGAACAGGAAAGUGUACUAAAGACAGGCAUUUCCUUCGUUGAGGGUAGAAGCCUUGCACAGAAAAUUCAAGCAGUGAAGUAUGUAGAGUGCUCUGCAAGAACCGGCAAGAAUACAAAACUAGUUUUUGAUGAGGCGAUACGAGCCUGCUUUAUUCCACAGAAACAGAAGAAAAGAAGAAGUAAAUGUAAACUUGUAUGAAGACAAGAGAUGACAAACUGUAGUAAUGAAGUUGUUACAUAAAGGCAACGUGAAAUGGAUGUUUUUCGGUUCGGUGUUUAAUGUAGGGAUAACGCAUGUUUUUCGUGUUAUAACAUCUGCAGAAUCCCGAGGAAUUGGUUGGUACCUGAGCCCAGCAGCCCGGUAGGGCGAUGGUACUAACAAUUCCCGAGGGAUACUGAAGAUGUUAUAACACUAAAAGAACAUACGCUAACGCUAGUCUAGCAUAAAACGCGUAAAAACAAGUAAAUGAAUAUAUUGUCCCUCAACGUCAUUAAAUUUCAAUGAAAUGCGCGGUAAAGUCUACGUUGUUUUUUCACGUUGACGUCAUUUCCUUUUGAAUUAUCCGUUUUGGGGCCGUAAUACGUUUACGCUUUUCCAAGGAACGCGCAUAUAUAAAAAGGUGUUAUAAAAACACGUGAGCGC